AUGCUUCUCGCAAAACUCGCACCAGUCUCCAAGCGUAUCGCCUCGCCCGCCUUUGGUGCCGUCCGUACCCUCGUCAACAGGGCCACUAUUCUCGGACGCGUAGGCCAGGAUGCCGAGCUGAACAACGUGGGCAGUGACCGUUCGGUUGUCCACUUCUCUGUCGCUACCUCCGAAAGCAAAACCGAUGCCGAAGGUAACAUUAUCAAGACGACUCAGUGGCACAGGAUUGUAUCGUGGGACCAGAAGCGGAACCCAAUUUUGGCCGACCGUGUCAAGAAAGGCGAUUUGGUCUAUGUGGAGGGUCCCAUUCAAUACCGGUCCUACACUGCCAAGGAUGGUUCAGAGAGGCACUCGUCUGAGAUCAGCCUGAGGUCGUUCCAGGCCUUGACUCCUAAGGCAUAA